AUGUCUGGGUCAGGAUACGACGCCGUUGUGGACGUGGACGACGAGGGCGACCUCGGUCACACUGACCUCCAGGAAGAUCUCGAAUUCCACAACUCCAACUUCAACGAAACAUCGCACAGCGGCCGCAAAGGCGCUCCGUCAGGCCUUCCUCCUCCGGCCACGGCCUCGUCAGGGUCGGCAUCGUCGAAGCGCUUCCUAUGGACGACAUCAUUCUAUUCGCAGUUCUUCGACGUCGACACAUCGGCCGUACUAUCACGCUGCUGGGCGGCGCUGUAUCCUCGCGCAAAUUUCCUCGAUGUCCUCGAGGGCAACCCUGACUUGUACGGACCGUUCUGGAUCGCAACGACCGUAGUGUUGAUUCUGUUCCUGGGUGGGACCAUCAGCGACUGGUUGUCGACCCGCGGAACCACGCAGUUUGCCUACGACUUUAGACUGUUGAGCGGCGCCGCCGGCUUGGUGUAUGGAUUCACCCUGUUCAUUCCUGUGGCUCUCUUCCUCGCCCUCCGAUACUUCGGCAGCGAAUCUGCCAACCUUCUCGAAUGCUGGGCUUUGUACGGCUACUCUAAUCUGAUCUGGAUACCAGUGGCCAUUAUCAGCUGGUCGCCCAUCGAGAUCCUCAAUUGGACCUUUGUCGCCGUCGGCUUCGGCCUCUCUGUUGCCUUCCUCCUGCGCAACUUGUAUCCCGUGCUAAGCGCUACAGACCGCCAAGUCAGCAAAGCCCUCCUGAUUCUCGUCGUCAUACUACAGGCCGGUUUGUCUAUCACCAUCAAGAUCCUCUUCUUCGCGCACAACAGCCCUGUCGGAAAGAAGCCUGCCGGUGGCGAUGCGCCUGCGGAUGACAAGCCUGCCUUUCUACUGUAA